CAGAGUGAAUGAUUACCAAGUUAACAAUACUUCAGUCAUCUGUAUUAACGUUGUUGCCUACAUAGACACAUCGAUAUGUAUUACAACAAGAUAGCAAAAUGGGAGUACUUCAGAUACAGAGCUUACUAGUUAGUGCAAGUAGUCUUUUGUAGUCUGCAGCAAAAAGGUAUUGACCAAUAUGUUGGGGAAAGUGAAAGUUAAUAUUUUUGUCAUUUACAUGACAAUAGGCAUCACUUUUGUACUAGUUAACAUAACUGCAUCUUCUACCUACAUUGGACCGAGUAGACAGAUGUGGCCUGUAGAUCCCCCACAUUACAUGUUCUACAGACAACAACCAAAUGCUUUGAGAAAAUUCUAUUGGUACAAUGCCAGGACUCCAAUUUUAGUUGGAAAAAUGCGAUUAAAAAACUUUAUGCGUAAUAUCCACAUGCUACCCAGAUAUGUACAUUCUCCUACACCAUACCAUGAUAUAUAUGGAUCUUCCAAAAGAAGCGUCUUCAGAAAUGUUAACACUGUUCCAACUACGCCAACAACUACAACGGACUACAGCCUGGGCCCCAUCAACCCCUUUGUACCUCUGACAGCAGGAACGAUUCCCAAUCCUGAAUUUUCAAAGGGCGUCGAGAAUAAGAGGAAUUACUCGGACUUUUCAAAUAAUGGCUGGUCCUUAUGCCAAGAAAGUAUAACAAAUACAAGAACACCAGAUGACUGUUUCAAGAAUACUUUAAAUCGUUUUCCAAGAGAGGAAUAUACUCGCAGCUUAAAUAGCGUGGCCAGCGAUUUAGCACUGACAACAACUAGCCUUCCAUACUUAAAUUAUAUUACUCACACCUACUUUACCCUUGAUGAUGUGAUUCUACCUCGUUCAGGGAAUAGGUUUACAGACAAUUCAGCAAAAGAAACCAAUGAUUAUCGUCUGAAACCAAUUAUUAUAACAACUGAAAUGCCCCCUUCCAUUACUACUGAGGUUCUUCAGACUACAACUAAAGCGAUACCAACGACAGAAGCGACGAUCCCGAUCCCGAUACAGACAACAAUGACCGUUUUUGAUGUCGAGUACAGCAGCAGCGCGAAUCCCGUUAUCUCUACAGAAACAACUGAAUUCCCACUUAUAUUAGAAAAUUACAAAAAUUGGACAACAGUGCAAACAAUCAAAGAAAAUCCAUCUUACUUACCAAUUGUAACAACAGAAUCCUUUAAACCCAUCCUAAAACCGGAAAAAGUUAGAAAAAAUAUGACAUCAAUAAUGCGGAGAAAAUUAAAAUCACUAAAACUACAUUUCAAAAAUAUUGUAACCACAAAAGAAACCCCGAAAUACCGACAAAAUAAGACCGAAAUAGCUAGUAGUGACAAUUAUAAUAAAUUAAAUGAAACGUCAACGUCCACGAUUCCAGCGACGAUGAGGACUAAGCUAAAGCGGACAUUUAGAAAAGCCCGCAUUAUAACAUCAACAAAAAAAACUCCCGUUGAAAUUACACGCAACAUUACUGAAACAAGUAAUUUUAAACUGAAGCAAAAAAAAACAAGCAGGAUCUUUCAAAGACGGAAACAAUUAAAUACUACAAUUUUGCCCGAACCGUUAAAGAAUAUUACAAGUGAAAAUGACUUUAGCAGCAAAUUUAAACGUCGUUCAACUGCUACAACUCGCAAGUCCAAGACAAUUGAAGAUACCGAACACGCACACGUACGCAACUCAACGAAAUCUAGCAACAGUAAUGGUCUUCGAUCACGGGCAGACGGAAUAAUAGAAGACAAAGCAACGUUGGUCACAGAAUCGGCUAUUAUGACUAUAUCUAGCGGCAACAUUAAGCUGAAACAACCAAUAUUGAAACUAAAGUCACACACGCACAGCGGAAAAAAGAUAAAUUACAUAGAAAAUGAUACCGUAAUUCCGUCCCUUCCAAUUGAAGUUUAUUUUAAAAAAGUUAACCAACAAUAAGAAAACAGUUACAAUUACAUAUACAUGUCAAUAUUUAAAAUAACAGAGAUAUUAUUUCGCACCUUUCAAACGUUAGUUUUAUUCAUGUAUUUGCUGAAUUAAAUAAUUUAGGAAACUAUCGUCAAUUCGAAUUAGUUUAGUUUCAUCGUUCCAAAAAAUGAUAAUCUAUCGGAUGAGCACAUUAAGAAAAAUUCAGAGUGGCAUUGGGCAUUCCUGUUUUGUUGAUUAUCGACCGGAAACAAAACGUGAGUCUCAUUCGAUAGCAGGGUUCUUUCGUUUUACAUCUUCGGUUGGAACAGUCGCUUGAUU